GACAUGUGAUAAGGCAAUUCCGAUUUAAUGGCAAUCGCAAUUGCAGUUUGAAGGUCAGGCGCUACAACGAUGUAUCAGCCAUUAUGUAAACAGUGAGCAGGAAAUGCAAUUUUUUACGCUCAGACGACGUUAGAGGAGGCCGGAAAAGCGGACAGAUACCGAGAACGAGAGAGUGGCUAAUAGGGGAGCGGGAGCCCGAGAUUGGCUCUGGCUCUGGCACAGUCGCAAACGUAUCCCGUGGUGCAGGGCAGUGUACGGCUGACAAGGCUAGUGCCACGAUCGGCGUACUCGGUCCCGACGACCCCACAAGCGGCACAAGCAGAGACUCGAACGCUCAGUGUUAAGAUGGAUCGCAGCAGCAGCAAGAACAAUAGCUCCGAGUUUGGCCACAAUGCGGCGGCAUCGAUGGCGGCAACAUCGAAGGCCACGCCCUGGGGCAACAACAAGGAGUCACCAAAUAACGAGGACGACUCCAACGAGGAUGACGGCGACAAUGCGACACCUGCCAAAGUCACCGAUCCGCUGGCGCCACGUUUAGCCAACAAUGAGCGCGUUUUGGUUGUUUCCGUGACGGAGCGACAACGUGAGACUUGGGGCCAAAAGGCCGAGUUUCUGUUGGCCGUCAUCGGAUUUGCCGUGGACUUGGGCAACGUUUGGCGUUUUCCCUACAUCUGCUAUCAGAACGGAGGAGGCGCCUUUCUGGUGCCCUACUGCAUCUUCCUUAUCUUCGGCGGUCUGCCCCUAUUCUAUAUGGAGUUGGCCCUGGGACAGUUUCAUCGCUGCGGUUGUCUCAGCAUUUGGAAGCGCAUUUGUCCGGCGUUAAAAGGUGUUGGCUAUGCGAUUUGCCUUAUCGACAUUUAUAUGGGCAUGUACUAUAACACGAUUAUAGGCUGGGCUGUUUAUUAUCUAUUCGCCUCAUUUACCUCAAAAUUGCCAUGGACGUCGUGUGACAAUCCAUGGAACACGCUAAACUGUAUGCCAGUCACCAGCGAGAACUUCACCGAGCUGGCCACAUCGCCAGCCAAGGAGUUUUUUGAACGUAGAGUUUUGGAGAGUUACAAGGCCAAUGGCUUGGACUUUAUGGGUCCAGUUAAGCCCACAUUGGCUCUCUGCGUAUUUGGCGUAUUUGUGCUCGUCUAUUUCUCCCUAUGGAAGGGAGUUCGUAGUGCUGGCAAGGUCGUCUGGGUAACGGCACUGGCUCCAUAUGUGGUGCUCAUCAUAUUGUUGGUGCGUGGAGUUUCGUUGCCUGGCGCCGAUGAGGGUAUCAAGUAUUAUCUGACACCCGAAUGGCAUAAGCUGAAGAACUCCAAGGUGUGGAUUGAUGCGGCCUCACAGAUCUUUUUCUCACUGGGUCCUGGUUUCGGCACACUCUUGGCCUUGUCCAGCUAUAAUAAGUUUAAUAAUAAUUGCUAUAGGGAUGCGCUGAUAACCAGCAGCAUUAAUUGUCUAACCAGUUUCUUGGCUGGAUUUGUCAUCUUCUCAGUGCUGGGCUACAUGGCCUAUGUGCAGAAGACGUCUAUUGAUAAGGUUGGCCUAGAGGGACCGGGCCUGGUCUUUAUUGUCUAUCCGGAGGCAAUAGCCACGAUGAGCGGUUCUGUCUUCUGGAGCAUCAUCUUUUUCCUAAUGCUCAUCACCCUGGGAUUGGACAGCACCUUUGGCGGUCUGGAGGCGAUGAUAACAGCCUUGUGCGAUGAGUAUCCUCGUGCCAUUGGCAGGCGUCGUGAGCUCUUCGUUCUCCUCCUGCUCGCCUUCAUCUUCCUUUGCGCCUUGCCCACAAUGACCUAUGGCGGCGUUGUUUUGGUCAACUUCUUGAAUGUCUAUGGACCCGGACUGGCCAUACUUUUUGUGGUAUUUGUCGAGGCAGCAGGCGUAUUUUGGUUCUAUGGCGUUGACCGAUUCAGCUCGGAUGUGGAGCAGAUGCUGGGCUCUAAGCCGGGUAUAUUCUGGCGCAUCUGCUGGACCUACAUUAGUCCAGUGUUUCUGCUGACUAUUUUCAUAUUCUCAAUACUGGGCUACAAGGAGAUGCUGGGCGAAGAGUACUAUUAUCCGGCGUGGAGCUUUCAGGUCGGCUGGGCGGUCACCUGUUCGUCGGUCAUGUGUAUACCAUUGUAUAUGAUAUACAAGUUUUGUAUCGUCUCCAAGGGUAAUUGUAAGCAGCGAUUGAAAGAGUCAUUUGAGCCCGAAAAUGACUGUGGUUCGGUGGUGCCGGGUCAGCAGGGCACUUCGGUGUGACAUGACAAUGCUAUGCAUUCGAAUAGACACACUAACCAUACCUAUAAUUUAAAUUGUAAACGUUUUUCACCAACAACUACUACAACAACUAAAGGAACUAUUACUGAAAUUUGCAGUAAUAAAAUGAUGGAUUUCAACAGUUACUACGCUUACCACACAAAUAAUCUUAGCUAUAUGGAGGCAGAAGAGGAGGAAUUGAACAA